AGAGGACAGCCCCUGCCUGGGCCCCGCCCGGCUCCCCAUCCCCUCUGCCCGGACAAAGAGCCCGCCCAGCCCCGGCAGAGCCAAGCGACCACUCCCGCCUCCUGCCCGGCCCUCGAUCGGGCCAGCGCGGGGCACUAUGGGACUUGUAGUUCAGCCAACUCCCCUCUCCUGCUCCGGAAACAGGCUGGGGAACUACAAGGCCCAGGAGCCAGCGGGCAGGCGCGGGGUGGGCUCACGGGCGGUGGGUGUGCGAGCGCAGGGAGCCGGGCGGUGCGGACUCCGGGCGCUGGGAUGCGGCUGGGGGCGCCGGAGCCCGGGAGCCGCUCCAGGCGUGCGCGCUAGCCGGGCGCGGCGAGGAGUGGCCGGGCGGCGACAGGUGAAGGCGGUGGAGUACGCGGUGCGGGGACCCAUCGUGCUCAAGGCCGUCGAGAUCGAGAACGAGCUGCAGCGGGGUAUCAAAAAACCGUUCACGGAGGUCAUCCGUGCCAACAUUGGGGACGCCCAGGCCAUGGGCCAGCAGCCAAUCACCUUCCUCCGACAGGUGAUGGCACUCUGCACCUACCCAAACCUGCUGGAUAGCCCCAGCUUUCCAGAAGAUGCUAAGAAACGAGCCCGGCGGAUCCUACAGGCUUGUGGCGGGAACAGCCUGGGGUCUUACAGUGCUAGCCAGGGUGUCAACUGCAUCCGUGAAGACGUGGCUGCCUACAUCACCAGGAGAGAUGGCGGUGUGCCUGCGGACCCAGACAACAUUUACCUGACCACUGGAGCCAGUGACGGCAUUUCUACGAUCCUGAAGAUCCUGGUCUCCGGGGGCGGCAAGUCACGGACGGGGGUGCUGAUCCCCAUCCCGCAGUACCCCCUCUACUCAGCAGUCAUCUCGGAGCUCGGCGCCGUCCAGGUGAACUACUACCUGGAUGAGGAGAACUGCUGGGCCCUGGACGUGAAUGAGCUCCGGCGGGCUGUGCGGGAGGCCAAAGGCCACUGUGACCCCAAGGUGCUGUGCAUCAUCAACCCCGGGAACCCCACAGGUCAGGUGCAAAGCAGAAAGUGCAUAGAAGAUGUGAUUCACUUCGCCUGGGAAGAGAAGCUCUUUCUCCUGGCUGAUGAGGUGUACCAGGACAACGUGUACUCUCCGGACUGCAGCUUCCACUCCUUUAAGAAGGUGCUUUACGAGAUGGGGCCCGAGUACUCCAGCAACGUGGAGCUCGCCUCCUUCCACUCCACCUCCAAGGGCUACAUGGGCGAGUGUGGCUACAGAGGGGGCUACAUGGAGGUGAUCAACCUGCACCCUGAGAUCAAGGGCCAGCUGGUAAAGCUGCUCUCAGUACGUCUGUGCCCACCAGUGUCCGGGCAGGCUGCCAUGGACAUUGUCGUGAACCCCCCGGUGCCGGGAGAGGAGUCCUUCGAGCAGUUCAGCAGGGAGAAGGAGUUCGUCCUGGGUAAUCUGGCCAAGAAAGCUAAGCUGACAGAAGACUUGUUUAACCAAGUCCCAGGAAUUCACUGCAACCCCUUGCAGGGUGCCAUGUACGCCUUUCCUCGGAUCUUCAUCCCCACCAAAGCCGUGGAGGCAGCUCAGGCCCAUAAGAUGGCCCCUGACAUGUUCUACUGCAUGAAGCUCCUGGAGGAGACUGGCAUCUGCGUCGUGCCCGGCAGCGGCUUCGGGCAGAGGGAAGGCACCUACCACUUCAGGAUGACCAUUCUCCCUCCAGUGGAUAAGCUGAAGACAGUUCUACAGAAGGUGAAAGACUUUCACAUGAAGUUCCUGGAGAAGCACGCGUGAGGGCUCCUCAGGCCCCAGAGCGAGACCGGUCCUCGGGCCUUCCUCCUGAUGCUCACCCAGACCAGACUGAACUCGCCUCCCCAGCAACUCUGCCUCAGGCCUCACAAAGGUCACUGGUUGCUUUCGUUGUCAUUUUGCCCCAGGAGACUUCUUUCUUUUGUGCCUUGAUGUGGGAGCACUUCUCUUCUGAGCAAAUGUGAAUUGGGGAUAUCUCAGAAGACCGGUUUUUUUGAUGCAACCAAAGUAGAGGGGACUUGCUCAACGUAUGUGGCCGGCAUUCUCUGAAUCUGUUGUUACUUCUGGAAGUUCAUUUGGGGUUUAAACCAACCAGGGUGUAUUGGGUGAGAUGUUUCAGAUCUGGAGAAACAAGAAGGUGUUGGGAAAUAUGACUUAACCGUGGUGAGGACUGGAAAUAGCAACCUCACCACGUGAUCUGUGAAAUAAAACCCUUAGCGGUGUGAAAAUCUAGUCCUUCCAACAGGAGACCCUGGAAGUCCACUGGAGGCUCCCAGGGGCCCACCCUCUGGCCUGGAGGCAGACAGCCUAUCUCU